UUAUUAUUUACUUAUAAUUAUAUAAAAAUGAAAAAUUAUUUGGAGAAAAACUAAAACAGUACUGUACAGUGGUGCAGGAUUAGGCUAAAGUAAAUACCUGUUUCCUCGUUCUUUUGUCUUAUAGUACUGUUAUAAUAAUCAUGUUAUUGUGUAUACAGGACAGGGCUAAUUUCAGUGUAACUACGUUGUUAUGCGGAAAGAGUUCGAGCUUAUGUAUUCUUUAUGGUCUUUGAUCCGAUAUUAGAAAUAGGUAUAUAGCCUCAACUCUCAAUUAGAAAUAAAUAAUAGAUAAUAUUCACCUUGACGUACUGCACAUAGGUUGCCUAGUUAAAUAGUGACCAAACAUUUUUUUUUAUUUAUAACUGAAAAAUUUUGGUCAACUCAUCAUCUGUUAUUUAAAAAAGUCGUAGUUCACUAGGUAAAAGAAUAUAUUAAACAGAACUGAAAGCACAUAGAUUGCCUGCUCUCAAUCAAUUAAUGAAUUAAUGAUCCAUGAUAUUGUAGACAAACGUCUUGGACAACGUUGCCAAUUUGUGGGAAAUUCCCUCAUAUCGAGGAAACUUUGGACCAUUCCAGGCCAUGCGGCGGAAUAAACAGGAUGUUUGUCCAUAUAUUCAGAAAAAUGUUAAACUGCAAGAAUAAUAAAGCAAAAUUAUGGGGAAUUUGAGUAUUUUUCUUUUCUCAACUCUGGGAAUUUCGCUUUGAUUUGUGGGGAAUUAGGAAAAUAGGUAUACAUACAAACAAAUUAAAAAAAACAGGCGUUUUCAUAAUUUGUUUAAAUUAUUUUUUUGUUUGUGACAGCAUUACUAUAAAUAAAUAUUAAACUCAGUUAUUCCAAUAUUUGCACAAUAAUUUCUGAAUUUACUUCGAUUUUUUUUUUAAUUUGGCGCGCGAUUUCAGUCUCUCCUUUCAAUAACCAAACUCUAGAUAUUACACAUUGAGGUGAAAAACGAUUAAAAAUUUGUCAAAAAUCCUUCCAAUUUGACAUUAUAAUGUAUGUCAUAAUGAAAUAAUAAGCCAAUGACAGUAUAUUUAUUUCAUAAAUUGUGAAAACUAGUGAUAUUAAUUUGUUUCACUCGGCAAAGAAAAUACAAAUUACAAAGACAAACCUUUUUGAAUAAUUAUAUUCGCUAUUCAAAAUGGCCGGAAAGGCCAGCGAUCGUAAGGGAAAAUCAGGAAAAGAUGGGAAAUCAAGUGAAAAAGCUGAAGCCGUGGCAGCUUUCACCUUGCCGGACAGCUUACCUAGCUCUGAAAUAAGUUUCCCGAUAUUGCUAAAGAAAAAAUACACGGCCAAUUGGAACGAAAUUGUUGAGGAAAGCGAUAGGAAUCUUAAAGAAAUCGCGGAUUACGCUCAAAGCAAAAAAGAAGAAAUAAAGAAACCUCCAUUUUACAAAUCGGAGUGUGAUUACAUCUUGAAAGAAAUUUUCGUAUAUCUCAUACCGGCAUUGGAAGAAACUUUGAACAAAGCAGUGACAUGGGACGCAUUGAAAUAUCAAAAAUGCUUUUUCAAUGGAGUUGAUCAUAUUGCACAGCUGUUAUGGACCAGUAACCCAAGAUAUCCUCAUCGUCUGCAGAAUCGUUUGCAUUUAUUCAAUAUGCCUUGGGUUCGAGAGAUAUUGAAGAAAGACCCUCGCCCAUACUAUCCUAAAUCCUGGUUGUGGCCGGAGGAGUACGCCGCUACACUGAUACAGAAGACAGUCCGCCAGUACUUCGUGCAACGUGACGAUGAAGUGCAAGAAUUGCGCGAAUUCUGGAAGAAAUUGGAGAUAGAGCAAAAUGUACCUGAAAUUGACACUAAUCCAUAUCUAGCCAAGAUGUUAGCUUCACAACAUGCUUUUAAUAAAAAGUAA